AUGGCUUCUAGACUUCUCCUUCAAAACGGUACCGUGUUGCAGCAUGAUGCGCAAGACAAUGUCAUCGCACUUAAGAACACCGACAUCUUGAUUGAAGAUGAUCGUAUCAUGGAGAUCGGACAAGCUAUUGAACCUCAAAAUGCAUCCAAGAUUGACUGCGAUGGGAAAAUUAUUGCCCCUGGGUUCAUCAAUGCCCAUCAUCAUGUUUGGCAGAGCCAAUUGAAAGGGAGACUUGGCAACUCUACAAUGCUGGACUACAUGCUUGAAGCGAACUUCCAAAGCUUCAACUUUAAACCGCAAGAUUUCUUCUGGGGUCAACUAGCUGGCUGCCUUGAAGCACUCGACGCCGGAACAACAUGCGUCGUAGACAAUGCACACGGCGCGUCCAGCCCCGAACACGGUACAGCUGCAUUAAGUGCGACCCUGGCAUCUGGAAUAAGGUCCAUAUUCUGCCAUGGCGUCAUGCCCUUACGAGCUGUAGAAUGGACAGAGUCUUCAUUUGAGCUUGAUCGUUCACCUCAACCCGAUUGGCUGCUGCCUCAGAUGGAUUAUCUUGCUGCAAAGGCUCCGUUUGGAGAUGACAAGAGAGUGCAGUUGGGUUUCUUCUUCGACAGUCACUUCUUGCCAGAGAAUGUAAUUGCUGAGACACUUACGCAUGUGAAAGAGGCUGGAGUGAAGCUUAUUGUGAGCCACUACAGACACUGGCCAGUUUCGAAGGGACAAUCUCGAGUGCCGGAGCAAUUACACGCCAGUGGUCUUCUCGGCCCCGAUAUCCUCCUUACGCACGGCAAUGGAACAACACCAGAACAAGCGUCUCUACUCACUGAAGCCGGAACUUACAUCGUCUCAACCCCCGACGCCGAAAUCUUCAUGGCAUCAGGCGCAGAUCCAGUAGCGUUUCGAGAAGACCUCCCACUGAUGUGCCUCGGAGCUGAUUGCCACUCCUGCGGACCAGUCAGCAUGAUGCACCAGAUGCAAAUCGCACUAGCGAGUGAUCGAGGAUCGCAAAAUUCAAAGACUUUCGCCGAAGGUCACUAUCCCAAGAAGAUGCGGGCAACGGUACAGAAAGCGUUCAAUCUAGCUACUAUAAAAGCAGCUCGUGCGAUCAACAUGGAUAAGGACAUUGGAUCUAUUGCAGUGGGCAAGUUGGCGGACUUGGUUAUCUUCGACACGACUUCUCCUUCAAUCAGCUCUGCAGCUGAUCACGACCCAGUAACUGCUAUCGUCCGCCAUGCAGGUGUCAGAGAGGUUGAGACCGUUAUAGUCGGUGGAAAGGUUCGCAAGCAUGAUGGAAGUCUGCAGAACGUGCACUUGGCAGAGGGCAGAGAUGCUGGUUUCGAUCUCAAGCUCGAGGCAGUUGACUCGAAGGACGUGUUGUCGUGGAAAGAAGUUGCAAAGGAGUUGGCGAGGAGUCGAAGUGAGAUCGAGAGCCGAAUUAAUAAGGUUAACAAAGAACUAGCUAAGGAGAAACUUAUUGGGAUGAUGGGAGGCUUGAAGGACAUCUUGGUUGACUGA